CAUUCCAUACAUCCCUUCUGUUUCAUUCCUAUAUAUAUAUGUUCAAAACACAUGGCACAGCUAAUUCAGUAUCAUCAUAACUUUCUACACCGUUUUCAAUAUAAACUUUAUUGGUUCUGAAUACCUAUGUGUGUAUAUAACUAUAUAUAGAGCGAAAUUCACAUGUUUGAAGAGGCAACUUGAAACAUGGCUAGAAGUUUACAACCAUUAGAUGUCACAAUCCAAAUCCCAUAUCAUUUCAGAUGCCCGAUUUCCCUCGAACUCAUGACCGAUCCCGUCAUCGUGGGGACCGGUCAGACAUACGAUCGUUCAAGCAUUGAGUCAUGGAUAGCCAUGGGAAACACCACAUGUCCCGUCACUCGUCUCCCGCUAACGGAUUUCACACUCAUCCCGAACCACACCCUCCGCCGUCUUAUACAAGACUGGUGCGUUGCGAACCGGUCCAAUGGUGUGGACCGGAUACCAACUCCCAAACAACCGGCCGACCCAGUUACGGUUCAGUCAUUGCUAAAACAAGCGUCAUCAGUGUCUAAUUCAAGUCACGUGCGGCUCUCCGCGGUUAGAAAACUUAGGGUACUGGCACGUGACUCGGAUAAUAACAGAUUUGUUAUCUCCGCGCAAAACGCGUGUGAGAUUUUACUCAAUUUGUUAUUUUCCGAACCGAGUGGUAACUCGUCCGAGUUGACUCACGAGUCGGUUGCCGUUUUAUCAUCACUCGUGAUUUCCGAAUCCGAAUGUGUUCUAGUAACUUCCGAUCCAGCUCGGUUUUCAGAUCUGAUUUCUCUAUUGACGCACUCGUCGAUUGACGUCCGAGUCAACUCAGCGGUUUUGCUUGAGAACGUAUUCGCCGGAACGAGAUCGCAGGAGCUCCGAUCGGAAAUCACGAGUCACGGAGACUUAUUCACCGGAAUAGUCGGAAUCCUCGAUCAUCCGUUACCGCAUCCUAGGGCUUUAAAAGUCGGAAUCAAAGCAUUAUUCGCGUUUUGCAUGGUGAAACAACACCGUCACAAGGCGGUGGAAGCCGGAGCGGCGGCGGCGAUCAUCAACAGACUGCCGGAUUUCGAAAAAUGCGACGCUGAAAGAGCUUUAGCGACGGUGGAGCUGUUAUGCCGAAUUCCGUCAGGAUGCGUUGCGUUUGCGUCUCAUGACGUCGUAGUUCCGUUACUAGUGAAAAUCAUGAUGAAUAUAUCGGAUCGAGCGACCGAAUACGCUGCCGGAGCACUGAUGUCGCUUUGUUCCGCCGUGGAACGGUUGCAGGUUGAUGCGGUGGCUGCCGGAGUUUUUACGAAGCUGUUGCUGCUUGUGCAGAGUGAUUGUACGGAACGAGCGAAGCGAAAAGCGCAAAUGUUGUUGAAACUGUUACGGAAUGCAUGGCCGGAAAACUCGUUUAUGAAUUCCGGUGGUGGUGAUGCCGGUCUUUUUUGAUAUUUUUUGGAUAUCUGAUUUGAUAUUUUGGAUUUUUGGUGGAGUUUUUUAAUUAAAGGAAAAAGAAAAUCAAAAAGAAAAGAGGAAGGUUCUAGAAGGUGGUGGGUAGAGUACCGUGCAUGGAAGGCAUUGGGUUUCUGCAUGUGUCGUGCAUUCGUGUGUGCAACAAAUUUUCUUUUUCUUUAUUGUACAAAUAAUAUAAUUGUAAAUUAUUAGAAA